AUGUCACCGACAACAAUAGCUCUGUUCUUGGUCUCCUUCGUCAUUACUGGCACAUCAAGUGAUGUUGCUCCAGCAGCCAAAGAGUUUCACUUCUUUCUGAGUUCUCAUGAACAUGAACAGCCUCAGUUUUUAACUGUGGAAGGGUGCAACAACGAAUGCAAAACAGCUUGCUGUAACUGCGACAUAGAGCAACAGCCUCCAGUCUGUGUUCAGUGUUGCCGGAUUUGA